CAUUAUAUUGUUGUUGCUUUAUGCAACAUUAAUGGCCAUCAUCACAAUACCAUCAUUGGUAUUAUCAAAUGAAUUGAAUGGACAAGAAGUAGAUGAAAAUGUUGAAGAAAAUGGUUCAAUGUUACAAAAAUCAGCUUCACAACAAUAUCCAACAUUUCAAUCAUCUCCACAACAACAACAACAACAACAAUCAUCUAAUUUUGAUCAUCAUCAUCAUCAACGAACUGAAGAAUUUGGAUUAAGAAAAGCUAAUCAAUUUGAAUCAUCACAAAUGAAUGAUGGUGGUGAUUAUUCAACACAACAUUCUCAUCAAUAUCAAACAUCAAUGAAUAUUGGUGAUCAAAAUAAUAAUGGUGAUGGUUCAUCAAUACAAAGUCCAUAUCGAGAAUAUGGACCAAGUAUUUAUAAUAUGCCUUCAAUGAAUAAUGGUGAUAUGUCACAAUCAUAUGGCCAGAAUGGUGAUAAUGGUAAUGGUCAAGAUUCUAAUCAAGAAACUGGAUCAUUUACACCUGUAUCAUUAUCAGUUGAUGAAGCAUUUAGAAAAUAUUUUCCCGAUGAUAAAGAUGGACAAAAUGAUCCAUUUUCAUCACAACAACAACAACAACAAUCAAUCCAAGGACAAUCAAUGGAUGGUUAUCCUAAUCAACAGGCUAAUAGUGAUAAAGAAGUUGUUUCUAUUGAUAGUUUACGGGAAAUUGUUGAAAAACAGCCAUUAGCACGACCAGAUCCAUUUGAUCCACCAUCACCACCAUUAUCGGCAUUUUUACCACCACCACCUGAUUCUCAGCUUGUUGAAUCAUCUGGACCACAACAACAACAACAACAAUCCAAUCAUCAACAACAACAAUAUCAACCACAACCAAUGGCAUCUUCAACAACAUCAUCCGAACAGAUUUCAUCAAAUAAUCAUAUGAUGAUUCAAUCAGAUUCUGGUUCUUCUUCAUCUCAAUCAUAUAUGAAUCAAAAUCCACAUCCACAAAUUCCAAUACCACCAAUAAAUACAUUUAAAGCACCCGAACCAGAAAUACCACAAUCAACUUUUCUAAAUCAACCACAAAUGAUUUCACAACCACCAAUAUCAAAAUUUUCUUUUCCACAAGAUUCAAUGCUUUCUUCUAUGAACAAUGGUAAUGAUGAUAAUGUUGAUUCAGUAUCCGGUGAUGAUAAUGAUGAUGAAGGUUAUGCAUAUAAUACAGAAAAUUUAGAUGAAAAUGGUAAAAAAGUUUUAGUGUAUCAACGUCCAGUUGAUUUAGCUGAAAUAAAUACUGGUAAUAAAUUCGAUAUGUAUGGACAAACUGUUCAUAGUGGACAAAGUUCUAAUCAAGAAAUUAAUACAAUGUAUCGUAAACCAUUUGAUAAUAAUAAUGAUAAAAAUAAUGGUCAAACAGUAUCAACAUCUAUUAUGGAUCAAGGAAUGAAUAUUCAAGAUUCAUUGAUGAAUGAUAAUUAUAAAUAUCAAAAUGAAAUUACUAUUACACGAGAUAAACCAUCAAUGGAAAAUGAUCAAAUGUAUCAAAUGAAUCCAAUUGAAAUGAGACCACCACCAUCAACACUUUUUACUGAUUUUACCGAAUAUGAACCAUCAGGACAUUUAUAUCAAAAUCAACCUCAAUUAUCACAUCAAUCUGAUCAACAACAACAACAUCAGCAGCAGCAACAACAACAACAAUCUUGGACUCAUCAAAUGCAUAAUAAUAUGCCUUCAAUGGAAUUUGGUGGAAAAAUGACCGAAGGUCCACAACAAAUUGAAUACGGUGGAUUUGUACCGAUCAAAAAACCACAUAUGAUUAAUUCAGAUAUGAAUAAUCAACAGCAGCAGCAACAACAAUCGUUUAAUGGUGGAGAUUAUAUUAUUCAAAAUAGUCAACAAUCUAAAGCUCCAUAUGAAUAUAAUGCCAAUAAUAAUAAUAAUAAUGUAGAAUAUAUUCGACAACAACAACAACAACAACAAAUGCCACAACAACCACAACCAUCAAUGGGAAAUAUGAUUCAAAUUUCACCUUCAUCACCAUCACAAGGUUCAAUGUCACAACAACAAUCAUAUAGACAAAAUAUAAAUUAUGAAUCUGGUUAUCAUGGACCUGGAACAUUUAAUGAAAUACCAUCUAUUUUUGAUAAAUCAAAUAUUCAACAUGAAUAUUCUGAAUUAUCAGGUCCUUCAUCACAUCAACAUCAACAGAUGUCGCAACAACAAAAUGGUGGUGGCGGUUAUCAAGAACAUGAACAUUUUCAUGUAAAUAAAAUACAUGAUGUUCAUGUUAAACCAUUAUGGGGAAAAGAUGCAACAAAAAAAUUACGUGAAUUAGGUAUCAAUGAAAAUGAAUUUUAUGGUACAGUAAAUAAAAUAAUACAAAAAUCUCGUCCCGGUGAUAAUAAUAAUAAUAAACCAAAUCAUUUUGAAAGUUCUCGUAUGCCAUUAUUACCAUCAUAUUUACCGAAAGUUAAUCUUUAUCGAUCACCACCAAAAAAUCGUCAACGACAUUUUAAUAAAAAUAAAAAUCGUUACUUUCAUAAUAAUAAUAAUCAGAAUAAUAUGAUAGCCGAAGAUUUUGAAAUGAAAUUUUUAAAAGAUGAACUUCCGCCAGGUGCAUCAUAUAAUCCUCGUGACGUAGGUUUGGAUGAAUCAGUAUUGGCACAAAUACAUUUAUUGGAUAGUGGUAUUGGUGGUUAUCGUUUUCCUGGACCAAUGUCUAAUAGCCAACCAUCAUCAUCAUCAUCAAAUUAUCGAUCAUUAUUUCGUAAACCAUCAAUGCCAUAUAAAAAAUCUAAUACACCAUCAUCAACAAUUAGCGGUAAUGGACCACAUGCAAUGAAUAGUAUUAUUAUGCCAUUUAUUCAUCCAUCACCAAAUGGUCAACAUCAUCAUCAUCAUCAUCAUAAUCGUUCACCAUCACGUAAUAAAGGAUUCUAUCCGGUUUAUGGUUAUCGUGCUGCAGCAUCCGAAUUGAAACCACAAUUUAUAUUACCAAAAGGAAAACAUUUUAAAUUUCUUAAUCAAAAACAACCGAAACUUUCACCUAGUAGUAGUAGUAAUAGUGAUUCGGGUAGUAUAAAUCUAUUCUUGUCACCAUCAUCAUCAUCAUCACCUGUAUCAUCGAUUACAACGAUUGAUGGUAACCAAAGACCAUUAACCAAUAUAUUUGGUAUAAGAUCUAUAAAAGGAAUUCGAUCACUAGUCUCCUAUCUAACAGGCGGAGUUUCUGGUUGAUUCUUAUUUCUUUUCAAUUAGAUCUUGAUCUUAUUUUUUUUUCUAAUUAAAACUUAAAACAAAAACAAAAAAAAAAUAAUGAAAAAAAAUAUAAAAGUAUUUUUCUUACGUCAAACAAAACAAAAAAACCCGACCAUAUCCAAUUUACUAAAAAAAGCAUCGACAUUUAUCAUCAUCAUCAUCAUCCGAGUCAAAUAUUUUAACAUUUUUUUUCUUCUCAU